CGACGCAGUUUUUAUUGGGUUUUCAGUGGUUAUGGUUGGUCUCUAGUAAAACAAUUAGUAUUUUAGUGAAAAACUCCCCUAAAUAUGGCCCCGCAACCUGUUGUGACGGGUCUGUCGCCGAAAGAAGGACCCCCUGGAACGAGGGUAACCAUCAGAGGAGAGUUCCUGGGGUCAAAACCCAGUGAUUUAGUUGGGCUCACAAUUUGCGGAUGUGAUUGCCUAUUGUCCGCUGAAUGGAAGUCUCCCAACAAAAUCAUCGCCCGGACGGGUCCGGCAAAGGGAAAAGGGGAUAUUAUUGUGGUGACUUUAUCCGGAGGUCAAGGCACCUCCACGGUCCAAUUCCGGGCAUAUCAUGAAACAAUUGGACCAAUGAAGGAAUCUGCGGUGUGGAUUGAAGAGUCCCCCAUGCAAAGUCUAGCUUGGGGCAGAAGAUCACUCGCCCCAAGUGGAUACACACAGGAAGAUCCAUUGGGAUUGUCCAUUGAAGGCAAUGACAAGAAACUUCCCGAAGAUUUGAGAGACAUCUUUCCUGAGAAGUCUGGUGAUCUGUCCCAAGACAACUUCAGUCCAGGAUGGUUUCUUCUGGAGCAUCAUCAUGCCACGACUUUCGAAGAUCUCAAGGCGGGAUUGUCCUACCUGAGGCGUAAAGUUGAGAGUCAGAAAGAAGGUCAAUUGAGUUUCCUCAAAUCAAAUGCUGGAUCUGUGAUUGAUCAACUGGACACUCUGGUGAGUCUCAGAGAGAAGUUCCAGCAAGAUGUAAAAACCGUUGGGAAGGAUCCCGUGGCCAAACUCGAUGCCUCAAUCCACAAAUCAAUCACCGAAUCCCACAAUCUCUUCAACGAAGUCUUGACACGUCGCGAAAAAGCCGAUGCUACUCGCCUUGCCCUGGCAGCACUGUUCCGGCACAAAUUUCUCUUCUGCCUGCCAAAUUCCGUGGUCAGGAGUGCCGAGAAGGAAGAAUACGAUAUCGUUAUCAAUGACUAUGCCCGAGCUAAGAAACUCUUUGGGAAAUCAGACAUCCCAAUCUUCCGCAGAGUCAUUGAGGAAGUGGAUGAGAGGAUUUUGGGCGUAAGAAAAGAGCUCCAUGAGAAGAUUGUAAAAAUGCCACAGAGUGUAGAGCAGCAGAAAAAAUUCGUAAAGGCUCUGGUAAAUCUGGAGUCUCAACAAGUGGGUACGAGUGUGGCAGAAAAGCUGAAGAUUGAGGAUCCUGCCUGGGAUGCAAUUGAAGCAAGGGCCAAGUAUCUUGAGGAAACCUUCAAGCAAACAUUUGAGCAGCAUAAAGGUAACCCAAAGCCCCGAGAUGCCAAUGCUCCCCCCAAUCGUGUUGCUUUCUGUGAGGAGAUCACAGAGAUUGCUGCAUGCCAACUGCCCGAUCUCUGGCGAUUGGGUCAGGCUUAUUUCACGGGUGAACUCCGGGGGAUCUACGAGCCAAAGCCCGGAAACUUCAAGAGGAUCAUCUUGACGGCAAUUGAACAGAUGUGUUUCUACCUGAGAGCUGCUCUCUUGCCAUCCUCAUCUUCUGGACUCAAAUCCACUUCAUCAGGAGGUCUCAAUUGGCCAUUUACUUCACAGAGCUCGAUGAAUCAGUUCCUGCAGUGGUUACCCAAUUGUCUGAGAUAUGUUCGAAUUUGCUAUGCCAGUCUCAUUCGAUUGGAUCUGCCGUCGGAAGUGUUGGAUAUUGUGCAGAAGCUUAUCGAUGAGAUUCGACUGAAUUGUCUGGCGACAAUUCUCAAGAAAUCCAUUGAUAAAGUAGGAAAUCUGAGUAACAAAGAAACCUGGACGAUGGACGUUGCUGAUUUCCCAGGAGCUACUCUGCUACCGUCGUUGCUGGAGGAGAUUAUCAAGGAAACAUUGGAUGAGUGUCAAAUGACCUGUUUGACACCGGAAGUGAGGGAGAAUGAAUUAUUGGAAGCUCACAGUGAGGGUCAGAGGGAGAUGUCGCAGCGUUUGAGGGAGAUGUUAGAUGCUUUUUGUGGAGUCAUUGAGGAUUUGGCACUCAAUCGGGAUGAUGAAGAGAGUCGAAGGGGUCCUAUUAUAUCUCAGGUGAUAGGAUUUCCAACAUCUGCUGCCAUCAAUGGAGCUGUGGAUGAUAAGUUUUCAGUGAUUUCCUGGGAACAAAAAAUCCUGUGCUGCAUGGCCAACUGCACGUACUGCAGUAAGAUUUUCUUUGGUCAUAUUGGAGAUCUUUUUGCCAAGUACGAAUACCCAGUGCCUAAGCUGGCAAUUGAAUCUUCUCGUACUACAGCCAAUAGCCUGUUGUCCACCCUCCUGGACAUGUAUGUGGAGCACAAGAGUGAUCCUCUCGUGGGAACCAUUGAACCUUCAAUGUACAUCAGUCGUUUCCAAUGGGAUACUGUCUCUCGGGUAGAUCGUCUACGACCAUAUGCUUAUGAAUGCAUUGAUAAUUUGGCUGGAGUGUAUUCUGAGAUCUUAAGUAUCGCUCCGUCACUUCUAAGACCCAUUCUCGAGCCAAUUGUCCAGACGGUAGCCGAAGAGUUGGCCAGAUUGAUGACUUGUGUGCAAAAAUUUAGUCCGAGUGGGACUCUACAAGCCUAUGUGGAUAUAUCCUUGAUCCGGGAUGCUCUGAAGCUGUACAGCAAUGCCACAGCCAAGAGUCAUUUUACAGAGGCUCUAGAGGUUCUUCCGACACUCACAGACAGAGAUCGAGCGAAAGGCGAGGAAAUCCUCCAGAAAGUGAAGCAGAGUAUGAAGCUACAGUUAUUAUGCUUUUCCAUUGCAAAUCCCAUAUAAUAAGGGAAGUCAUUCAUCCAGGAGCGGAGAUUCCCAGAGGGAAAGCUCAGAGCUAUGCCCAAAAAUCCCUGUUGAGAAAAAAAUUCCCGGAAAAAAAGUACAUUAUCAGUUGA